AUGACUCAUGUAUGGCUGGAGGUUAUAUAUAAUGAUUCUGCAUUUGAUGUGCUGAUUGAAGACACUGAUAAGAGUAAUUUAAUGGAGUUGUUUGAGUACAUGUUUGAGGAUUCAGUAAAACAAAGUGUAUACCUCCCUAAAUAUUUCACUUUGUUUAUUGAUAAACCUAGAACAAAUAGAAAGUUGGAGUUAUGUGAUGAUACAGAUUUCUUGAAAAUGUGGGAGUGGAAUGAGGGUAAGGAAACCAUAAAAGUGUGGAUACAGGCAACUGAUGUUCCAGGAAUGGUGUUUAAGUCUGCUGAAGCUACUUGGCAAAAAAAGAUUAAAGAUGAAGCAGAGAAGCAAAGGUGUAGGUUGGAAAAGAUACAGGCAGAAAGGGAACUGAUGGAGCAACAACAAUAUAUUGUUGUUGUUGAGGUGCCUGUUGUUAAUGCAGAUAAUUCAGGAGUUGAGUAUAUGAGGGUUUUUGACACUGAUGUUGUUGAUGAGAUGUUCCCAGGUGCAUCUCAACCACAACCCUCCCAACAUUCAACUCCUCCCAAGCAAUCCCAACCAACAUCACCACCAAACAACCAGACAAAGAAAACACCUAGAAAGACAAUGGCCUCUAGGAGGAAAAAGGGGCCAAAAACUAAAUCCCCACCCCAACCAAAAUCUGCACCCCAAACAGAGUGUCCACCCCAACCAGAAUCUGCACCCCAACCAGAACCUCCACCCCAUCCCCAUCCUGAUUCCCCAAUCCAACCAAAUUCUCCACCCCUGCCUGAUUCUCCAAUCCAACCACAACCAAAUGCACCAUCCCAACAAUCCCAGCCACAAUCAACACAAGAUAAACCCAAAAAGGGAGGGAGAACUAGACCUACAGGCUUUAGAGUCUCUAAAAAGACUGCUGUAAAACAGGGGAUAAGGGUGGAAAAGGGACUGACAAGUAGUAGAAGAAAGAUAGCAAGAAUUGGAGCCAGGUCAGAGGACAUGGUAAACUCUGACAGUGAGGAUGAUGAUUAA